AAAUCAAUAUCUCUCUUCAAAUAUUAUCUGUCUGAGUUCUUUGUGAAGUAGUUUGGAAGCAAAAAAUGCAGGCUAUCAAGGAAAAGUUCAAUGAUAUGAGCGCCAUGCGCAAGGCCAAAGCAGAAGCCAAGGAGGAGGAAAAAGCUCAGAAGGAAGUGGCAAAGACAAGAGUGGAAAUAGCACAUGAGGUAAGAUUGGCAAGAGAGGCAGAAGCAGCAAUGGAUCUGCAUGUCAACAAAGCUGCAGAGAAGAUUGCACAACAUGAGCCAAAGCAUGAACCAGGAGCUUCAGACCCUUAUGCAGCUGCCAACUUGACCAACAUUGACAAUUCCAGUACUGGAGACUCUUAUGGUGUUGAUCAUGCCAACCAUCCAGGCCAAGUCAAUGCUGCUGGAACAGGACCAACUGGCUACAUGGCGGAUAAUCGGUCCGGAGGGCCUCCAACUAACAAUGUGCUUUAGACAAUUUCUAUACUAGUUUGAUGCCUCAAGAUUGGUUGCUAUUAGCGGUUCAAAUUGGUAGCAAAAUCGAGUCUUCAUAGGGCAAUUGUCUAUGUUAUAGAAGAAUAAGUGGAGCAACUUUUGAUGUUCUCCAAUGUUGCUCUUGUAGGGUUGGUUUGAUAUUUCCUUUUGCAACUCUUGUUAGAGCUGCCCUUUUAUCCUUGUCAAUUCUUGGUAGUUAGAUUUUUAUUCUUGGGUUGCUUUUGUAUGUCAAGUUCUUACCUAUGUACUACAUUUUCAAAUGAUCAUAUAUGGGUAA